AUGUUGCCAAAUGUCAAACGUUAUAUGGGAGUCAGACCUACCUGCACCUACUCCUGCACCUACUCGGCCCUCAUCCUGCAUGACAAUGAGGUGACGAUCACGGAGGAUAAGAUCAAUGCCCUCAUUAAAGCAGCCGAUGUAAAUGUUGAACCUUUCUGGCCAGGCUUGUUUGCACAGACUCUGACCCAUGUCAACAUGGUGAGCCUCAUCUGCAAUGUAGGGGCUAGUGGACCUGCCCCCUCCACCACUGCCGCCCCAGCUGAGGAGAAGAAAGUGGAAGCAAAGAAAGAAGAACGUGAGGAGCCUGAUGAUGACAUGGGCUUUGGUCUUUUUGACUAA